UGCUAAACCGCGGGGGCGGGACCACGGAGAAGUGCUGUCCAUCUAUGUUGAUAGAGAUCUAAGAAACUGGACUAACCGAGCCUGCGGUGCUCCUCGCAUGGAAUAAUUUUUGUUUUAUACGGAGGAAAAACUUUUUCGGCGUGGAGGAAAUUGUUUUUCAAAAAAAAGCCGCCUUCAGCUCCACUGGUUCGGGAAAAUUGUCGACCUGGCUCCGACAUCUGGGCCCCCCUCUGCUACUGCACACAGCGAAGGUUGAUAUGCCACAUCAGUGAUGGAGCCCAUGACGGUGACAACGUCAGUGGUCGGACCAGAUGAGUUCGACCGCAAUGCCCCGCGGAUUUGUGGCGUGUGUGGGGACAAGGCCACUGGCUUCCACUUCAACGCCAUGACAUGUGAGGGCUGCAAGGGUUUCUUCAGACGCAGUAUGAAACGUAAAGCUUCAUUCACCUGCCCAUUCAACGGAAGCUGCACCAUCACCAAGGAUAACCGGCGCCACUGCCAGGCCUGUCGUCUCAAACGCUGCAUUGACAUCGGCAUGAUGAAAGAGUUCAUACUGACAGAUGAGGAGGUCCAAAGGAAAAAAGACAUGAUAUUGAAGAGGAAGGAGGAGGAGGCGGCCCGGGAGGCGAUGAGGCCACGACUGAAUGAGGAGCAGGCUCGAAUGAUCUCCAGCCUGGUGGAAGCUCACCACAAGACCUAUGAUGCCUCCUAUGCUGACUUCUCUCGCUUUAGGCCUCCAGUCCGUGAAGGCCCAGUAACACGCAGUGCCAGCAGAGCUGCCUCUCUUCACUCUCUGUCUGAUGCCUCCUCUGACUCAUUCAACCACUCACCUGAGUCAGUGGACACAAAAAUGAACUUCAGCAGCCUGUUAAUGAUGUACCAGGAUGGUGCUAGUAGUCCAGACUCCAGCGAGGAGGACACAAAGCUUUCCAUGCUGCCCCACCUGGCUGACCUGGUCUCCUACAGCAUCCAGAAGGUCAUUGGGUUCGCCAAGAUGAUCCCCGGCUUCAGAGACCUGACAGCAGAGGACCAGAUUGCUCUGUUGAAGUCGAGUGCUAUUGAGAUCAUCAUGCUGCGGUCAAACCAGUCGUUCAGUCUAGAGGACAUGUCCUGGAGCUGUGGAGGGCCUGACUUUAAAUACUGCAUCAACGAUGUUACGAAGGCGGGUCACACUCUGGAGCUGUUGGAGCCGCUGGUGAAGUUCCAAGUUGGUCUGAAGAAACUGAACUUACACGAGGAAGAACACGUGCUGCUCAUGGCCAUCUGCCUGCUCUCCCCAGAUCGUCCUGGUGUCCAAGACCAUGCCCGCAUUGAGCAGCUCCAAGACCGUCUGUCCGAGGCACUGCAGGCCUACAUCCGGGUGAACCACCCAGGCGGACGCCUCCUCUACGCCAAGAUGAUCCAGAAGCUGGCCGAUCUGCGCAGCCUGAACGAGGAGCACUCCAAGCAGUACCGCUCACUCUCCUUUCAGCCCGAGCACAGCAUGCAGCUCACCCCCUUGGUGCUGGAAGUAUUUGGUAGUGAGGUGUCAUAGCAGAGAAGGAGGCACAUGUGCAUACAUACACACACCCAUCACACACUGGAUGAUUAACCAACUUUUCCCGCCUCUUCGUCAAGAAAACAGCAGCCCUGACUAAACCGUGGACAUAUGGGAGAAAGAUGGAUAAUCAGAUAGAUAGAUAGUAACCUUCACCUCUUCAUCACCAGUCCAUACUCCUCAUUCUCCUCUUCCUCCUGACCUCAAGAAGCAAGAUAUAGAUGAAUGAACAUCUGUAUGACAAAUUUAAUACACCCAAAUAUGGGGUUGAUUUCUUCAGCACUUGGAUAACCAGAUUAUAUUUUAACCUCUGGAUUCCCAAACACACAUUACAGUUCAUUACAUCAUGCAGAUAUCUAAACCAAUCGACAUCCCGAUCCUCACAACCUCCACAAGCUCCAAAAAACACUUUUUCCAUCACCACCUUUCCCUGGAAACUGCUAGAUUCCUGCCAUUUUAUUGCAGUGGAGAGAGCCUGAUGGAUGUGACCAUCACGUCCCUUUUACCAUCAACCUCGUAAAAUUUCUCCUUGCCACAACAUUGUGAUCACAGACAGGAAAAGGUGCACAGAUUUACAUCUGUUACCCACGCUGGGUAAAAGGCUAUGGUUAUAUAAUUAUAAACUAUCAUUGGUUUACAGUGCAUAAGCAACGACAUCCAAAUAUAUUCAACAUCAGAAGCCAUGUGCAAGCUUACAGUAAUUUAAUAAAAAUGUUUAGUUUAUUGGUUUAAAAAUAUUUGGCUAAGAUGGGAGUUGAGCAGAUGGGCUUUCCUGCUAAGCCCUUUGUAUCUGUGUUUCUGCAAGAAGAGGUCUCAGAUAGUCUAAUGAAGUAAAGAAAGAUGUUGGAGUGGGAAUGUUUCAGUACAGGAAUGGUGGGAAGAAAGGUGAGAUUUGGAGGAUUGGGGAAAUAAGGGUUGGAUAGAUGGAGGGAGUUGCUACAGUUGGAAUUCCCUGUUCACAAGACAAAAGGGAAUUUCACAAAACACGAAUGUAUGUAUAAUGCUAUAUAAAUAUAAUUGAUACGUAUAAGCUGAUAUAUAUAUAUAUAUAUAUAUAU